AGCCAGUUAGUCGUGUGAAGACCACAGGAGGACUUACAGAAAGGGCAGAGAAGAAGAGAAACAAAGUGAGGAAGAGAGAAAUUUAUCCUGGGGUCCAGAAGUUCGUGUUAACCUGUGAAAAAAAUCAAAUCCCUGGAAGUCUGCAGAGACAGAGACAAGAAGAGACGGGACGCCAGAAACUCCUCUCUCUCCCCACCUCUCUUUUCUAGCCCCCAAAUUCCUGGCCCCCUGUUCCCCAUUGUGAGGAUAAUAUGUUGUUCUUCGUUCUCCUGUUAAAGGUGACUUGGAUCCUGGCUGCAGAUGGGGGUCACCAUUGGACAUAUGAAGGCCCACACGGUCAGGACCAUUGGCCAGCCUCCUAUCCUGAAUGUGGAGGCAAUGCCCAGUCCCCCAUCGAUAUCCAGACAGACGGUGUGAUAUUUGACCCCGAUCUGCCUACUGUGCAGCCCCACGGAUAUGACCAGCUUGGUACCGAGCCUUUGGAUCUACACAAUAAUGGCCAUACAGUGCAGCUCUCCCUGCCCCCAACCCUGCACCUUGGUGGACUGCCCCGGAAAUACACAGCAGCCCAGCUCCACCUGCACUGGGGUCAGAAGGGAACCCUAAAGGGAUCAGAGCACCAGAUCAACAGUGAAGCCACAGCUGCAGAGCUCCACGUGGUCCAUUAUGACUCGGAGUCCUAUGGCAGCUUGAGUGAGGCAGCUCAGAAGCCUCAGGGACUGGCUGUCCUAGGCAUCCUAAUUGAGGUGGGUGAGACUGAGAAUCCAGCUUAUGAUCACAUUCUGAGUCAUCUGCAUGAAGUAAGAUACAAAGAUCAGAAGACCUCCGUGCCUCCCUUCAAUGUGAGGGAGCUCCUCCCCCAACAGCUGGAGCAGUUCUUCCGCUACAAUGGCUCGCUCACAACCCCCCCCUGCUACCAGAGUGUGCUCUGGACAGUGUUCAACAGAAGGGCCCAGAUUUCAAUGGGACAGUUAGAAAAGCUUCAGGAGACACUGUCCUCUACAGAAGAGGACCCAUCUGAGCCCCUUGUACAAAACUACAGAGUGCCCCAGCCUCUCAACCAGAGGACCAUCUUUGCUUCUUUCAUCCAAGUGGGACCACUGUAUACCACAGGAGAGAUGCUGGGUCUAGGUAUGGGAAUCUCGGCUGGAUGUCUCUGCCUUCUGCUGACUAUUUAUUUCAUCGCUCAGAAGAUUAGGAGGAAGAGGCUCGGAAACAGGAAAAGUGUGGUUUUCACCUCUGCUCGGGCUACCACAGAGGCAUGAACUCUGUCUCGAGAUGCUGCAGAUAUGGAUGCCUUCCUCUCAUACCUGUCAGGGAGCCUCUCUAAGAGGGUACAGGCACCGGACUACCAGUCAUAGGCAGGUUCAUUCAGGUAUAGAGAGAUACCACCUCUCUAUACACGAAUACCAGAGAAGCGAGGACCCCAGUUCUUCAAGAAAGGGCUGAGUCUUUGGCCUUUCAAAGCUGUAGAUCAGGAGAUCCCUGUUUUAGUGUUUAGUUAUGAAGAAGCUGAGGACAAGCUCUGCCGCCCUUCGCCUCACACUGUCAUGUUCCCUCCCACAUAUACACCUUGUAGUUUUUCCCUCUAGGAAAAAAGGGCUGCUAAUAGGGUUUUAAUUAUUUUUUGCUCAAUAUAUGUUUGAAAAUUAAAAGGUUUUGACCUUAA